ACAAAGAGUUGCUCAUCACUAAAUACAAAGAAAGAAAGCAAAACAAAGCCACGAAAAUGCGUCGCCGGGAACUACAAACUAUACAGCUAAAGCUCUCUGAGCUAAAGGAGUAUGAACAGGCCAAACUGGAGCGUGCCAAGGCUCGACAGCAGGUGCCAUCGCCACGCACUCCCACACCCACCUCGGACAGCGACAUCAUGUUGCUGCCGUCAAGCAGUGUGCCGACCAUUCUUCUGGCCAACAACAGCACCAACGCGGAUGAUGAGGCUCAGCCAGGUGCCAAGGACAACGCCAUAUGAAGCAACAUACUCAACAGUUUCGCUUAAACUAUAUGAUUGUCAUCAUCACAGGAGGCAGACGAUUUUUUGGACACUAAUAUUUAUACCAAAACACGAAGGUUUCCACAGAAGCUUGAAAUAGCAUUUAAAACAUUAGUUAUAUUUAAUUUGGUACGCACUUUAUGUUUAAGUUGAAAGAAUUCAAUUAUAUUUAUUUAAGAUUCAGCUCGAUCAUGACGUUUAUUAUAUUUAUAAUAAAAGAAACUGUGACUUUCGAUUUUCA